AUGUUGGCGAUCUCCUCCUCCUCAUCAUCAACACGCCAAGGUUGUUGGCUGGAUGAACCUUUGGCACGCGACGGACCACAAAAGACUGAAGAGCAGCUUGCAGGUCUCCCAUACGAUUGCGUGUCCGAGCCCGCGCCUGGUGACGAAGAUCUACACUGCAUAUCUCCCUCACGCGGCGAUUCCAAGGUGCCGGAAUCCGACCCAGUGUUUUCCAAGUCGCAGAUUCGACGGCGACGUGAAGUCAUGAUGCUUUCGUGUCGAGGUUGGAAGGAAGAGGAUCCGCCCCAUGGGGUUGAUGGAGUGCGGAGAGACCUAUCAAUGUUGCAAACUGCACAAUAA